AUGCGCAUCCAAGAUAUCUACAUCCUUCUUCUGUCGGCAAUCGUGAGCGGUAGACUCUUCGCCGAGUCUGAGUACCUGCAAGACAUUGAGGAGACUACAACCACGAUAGGUGCGAGCCCAGCUUCGGUUCCUACGUCGGGUUCGCCUACUGUGACAUAUAUCGCUGACUUGGGCGACAUUGGGCUCCGUCAGGGAUCCGGCAUUGCUUCAGUCGAGAGUGCACCCGCGCCAGUUCAGCAACCACCUGCCAUCAUCACAGCGAUACCAGCUGCAGAGCUUGUCCCAGCUUUUCCCGUUGUCAAUCACAUACCACCACCAGCUCUCGCGCCUCCCGUCAAUGCCAUCGCGCCCGUAGCCCCAGCACUACCAAUCAAUGUUGCUGGGACUGCAGGCGCAGAUGUUACGCGUUUAGCGAAGCCAUUCAGCAACGUACCCUUCUACACCGUUGUAUGGGCUGAGACAUGGAUCGGCGGAACUUAUUCCACCUGGUGGCCAUAUACUAUAUCGCUUGACUUCAAGCCUGUUCAGACGCAAGCUCCACUUCCAGGCGUAGGAUCGAUCGGUAUGGGUACGCUCACUGGUAAGACGGGAGUGACGCGAACGGUCGUGGUGAACGCGGCGCCUACACAAGGAGUAGGAUGGGCGAAAGGUUUUGCUGCAGCUGUUGGGAUUGGCAUGGCGGGUAUGGCAGUAUGA